AGUCCUCUUGUGAAGUCAGAGCGAUGACUCGAGUCCCCGCCCGAACUGGUCGUCUCCUUCGCCGGGCUGCCCCCACCACGCGAAGGCCGGGUUUAGCAUCGCCCUGCUUUGUUUAGCUGCGGUUAUAACCGCCGGACGCCGGUGAUGGCCACGUAAUCCGGUGUCCGCUCGUUAACCACAAACGUCCGAGCGUCACCUGGCGUCGGCUGUCUGGCCGCGCGGACUGGAGCAAUCAAAAUCUCUCGGCCGGCCCCCAUACGCGCCGCGGACACCCACCCACCACCACCACACGCAGUGACGCAGCCCGCCCCUCUCUCUCUCUCUCUCGGUUCCUGCGCACGCACACACGCACGUUUCCAGUUCGACCGAGCCAGAGCCCCGCCCCGGGCAGUUUCCAUUCGCUGUCGCGCUCCUCCUCCUCCUCCUGCACAUCCCCUCCCCCCGAAUUCGAGCCGGAGGACCGAAGAGUAGAUCUGCGCCGGGCGACCAGAGGAUGGCCGUCAACUGGGAGCUGCAGGGCUGCUGCCACCGCGACCAGAGGAUCUUCAUCGCCGCCGUUGGAGUCUCCACCGUCGUCAUCCUCCUCCUCUGGAGGACGUUCCUGCUCACGCCGUUCAAGCUCAUCACCGUCUUCCUCCACGAGACCAGCCACGCGCUCGCCUGCAAGCUCACCUGCGGCGAUGUAGAAGGCAUGCAGGUCCAUGCGAAUGAGGGUGGCGUUACUCAAACUCGGGGUGGCAUAUAUUGGAUAAUCUUGCCCGCUGGAUAUCUGGGUUCAUCAUUUUGGGGAAUGGUGUUCAUACUUGCAUCCACAAAUCUCCUCACUACAAGAAUUGCAGCGGGUUGUUUCAUACUUGCACUGUUUAUUGUCCUUUUUGUUGCAGACAAUUGGUUUCUUCGCUGGCUCUGCCUUGGAUUCAUUGUAUUCAUUGCUGUUGUUUGGGUCAUACAAGAAUUUACAUCUUUCCAUAUUCUGAAAUAUGUGAUCUUAUUCAUAGGUGUGAUGAACAGCUUAUUUUCAGUUUAUGAUAUUUAUGACGACUUGAUAUCCCGAAGAGUUAAUACAAGUGAUGCUGAGAAGUUUGCUGAAAUAUGCCCUUGCCCUUGCAAUGGUUUUGCAUGGGGUGUUAUAUGGGGAUUCAUCUCGUUUAUCUUCCUCUGCGCUUCAAUAUACCUUGGACUGGUCAUAUUGUCUUGAGGGUUCCAACCUCGCGCACGCCGUUUUGAUCUGACAACCAACUCUGGUUGGCUUUUUCCAGAGUUCUCCUUGCUCUAGAUUUUGGGUUCAAACUUACAUUGUUCUGGCGGCUGUACAGUAUACAUGUAGGGUAAACAUGUACAUCCAUCGUGGAGUUAAUUCGGCGGGGAUUGUUCAUGUGAUUCUUCGAUUUUAGCGGUUCUAUAGAUACCAUUGCUCAUUUAUGGUCUGUAGCCUCAUUGCUCAUUUGACCAAUUUGAAAUCGUAUUC